AUGGAAGAACCAGUUUGUAUGGAGCAAUAUAAUCAAUCUAAUUUCCAUAUUCCACUGAAUGGGAUGAGAAAUGGGAGAUAUUCAGCAAGGGUGGGUAUGAAUGAAGUUCAGACUUUUGGCAGUUUUCGGAGUUUACGCUCACAAGCUAGGGAUUUUACACAGAGGUCCAUCCACCCACGCUUUGGGGAUUUCAGAAGAGAAAGCCAAUGCAGCCAAUACAGCUCCACUGGGAACCAGUCAAACUGGAAUUCUCCAAUAACCACUGGCUUUGACAGCAGCCAUCAGUUUGAAGACAUGAGCAAUAUGAACGUCCUCCAAACACAAAACGUGAGCUGUGCUACGGAGUCUAAUGACAUGCAGGUUCAUCAGCUAACCUCUCUGCGGGAGAAAGAAGGGGACUUGCUAGACGAUGAGCUUCACAUCUAUUCAGAGCUAGACUCAGACACCAUCCCAGAGCUGGAGGCAAUCAGUAUUUCUGAAGAGGGCUCAUUUCAGGACACACUGGAAGAGCUGGGUCCAAAGUUUCACCAACUGGCUUCUAUAUGCAUGACAGCCAAGGACUCACAACCUAAGGAAAUCCACUCACCAUGUGAUAAUUUAAGAAGGGAAAGCCUGUCUUACCAACACAGCUACCCUCAGAACCAGUCAGAUGGGAAAUCUCCAAUAACCACUGGCUAUGACAGCAGCCAUCAGUUUGAUGAUAUGGGCAACAUGAACGUCCUCCAAUCACAAAACAUGAGCUGUGCUACGGAGUCCAUUGAACUCAUGCCAGUUCGUCAGAAGACAACCUCACUCCCAGAGAAAAAAGGGGACUUCGACAGAGACCUUCACAUCGACGCACAGGAGGGGCACUCCGAUGCCAUCUCAGAGCUGAAUAGGAUCAUUAUUUCUGAAGGUGGUUCAUAUCAGGACACACUGGAAGAUCUGGGCCCAAAGUGCCACCAACUCACUUCUAUUUGCAGCCCAACACAACGACAGGACUCAAGAUAUUACGACAUGUAGUAAACAUUUCUGCUCCAAGUGUGAGGAAGAACAUUCAAUUCCUA